AUGCUCUCUUCCGACCGCACCCAAUAUACUCUGGCACUCUGGCUGACGCCCGUCGUCCUCUAUGUCGUGUACGCGUGGCUCAAAGUCAUCACCGGCGCCUUCUUUGGCCCUUUGAGCAAAAUUCCCGGCCCCAAGCUCUGGGCCAUCUCGCGCCUUCCUCGUAUGUACAUGGAAUGGCAGGGUGAGGAAGCAGCUGGAGUCGCCGCGUUGCACAAGAAGUACGGCCCGGUCGUGCGGCUGGCGCCCAACGAAGUGUCGUUUGCUGGUGGUGCUCAGGCUUGGAAAGACAUUUAUGGCUACCGAAAGAACGUGGGCCAAGAGAAGCAUCCAUAUCGUUCGUCGGCGUCGUAUUGGCCUCCGGCCAACGGAGCCCCGAGCAUGAUUCAGGCCAUCCGUGACGAAGACCACCAGCGACUGCGCAAGAGUCUGGCCGUCUCGUUCAGUGAGAAGUCCAUGAAGCUGAUGGAACCACGCGUCAAGGGCUGGGCUCGGCUUCUGCAGACCAAGUUGGCUGAGCGCGGUGAUGCUGCGGUGGAUAUGGUCGAGUUGUUUAGAUGUGCAACUUUCGAUGCCAUGGGUGACCUCGCGCUAGGGGACGACCUGCAAAUGCUGAGAAAUGGCCGUCUCUCCGACUACGUCCAUGCAGCUUUUAGUGGCAUUCGAACCAUCAUCCGCCUUCGGGUCCUCUCCACGUACAAUUCCUUCACCCGCUGGCUCGUUCAAGACUGUUUCUUCCAAAGCGCAUUCGUCCGGAAGGCCGCCAUGGAAAAUCUUCGCUACUCCGCGGACCGUGUGGAUCGUCGCCUGCAAGAACCAGACCGAGACCCUCCCGAUCUCUGGACAAAACCCCUGACUGGUAUCGACGGCAAGAUGUCCCUGGACGAAUAUCACUCCACCGCACAGCUUCUCAUGACUGCGGGCACCGACACUUCGGCGAUAGGCUUGUCCGGCACACUAUAUUAUCUUCUUACCAACCCCGACUGCCUCGCCAAGGUCACUGACGAGGUUCGCUCCGCCUUCUCAUCUAUGGACGACGUAACCUACGAAACCCUCGCCCAACUGAAGUACUUGGACGCCGCGCUGCAAGAAGGCCUGAGACUCUACCCACCGGUGCCUACCGGCGCACCUCGCGUCACUCCGAUGCCUGGAUGGUCCAUCGGCGGCUACUGGAUCCCAGGUGGUGUGAACGUCCACGCGCCCCACUAUGCCACCUCUCGCCUUCCCGCCCACUUCACCGCUCCCGAAUCUUUCCACCCAGAGCGCUGGCUGGGCGACGAGAAAUUCCAAAACGACCGGCUUGAUGCCGUCCAGCCGUUCAACCUCGGCCCUCAGAACUGCUUGGGUCAGGCUUUUGCCAUGAACGAGAUGCGCCUCUUCAUGGCCGCUGUGUUGCUCCAAUUCGAUCUACAGUUGUGCGAGGACCCCCGAGCCUGGUUGGAUCAACGAGUGUUCUCCAUGUGGGAGACGAAGCCGUUGAUGUGUGUCGCGACCAAGACGAGCUGAAGUCGAUCCCGCUCGUUCCAUGAUCCUUGGAAGGUGGGAGUAUAGACGGUGUUUCAACUUUCAACUCUCAUUCCUCGUCAAGGCGACUGUGCGAGACACUUCUGAUCAUGUAACAUGAAAGAACCCGGCGUCCAGCAAACAGGCACUUAACGCCAUGGAGUGGAAUGGUCGAUGCUAGCACUCGAAAGAUAAAAACCAUACGUAGAUGAGUAGAUAUUAUCUGCCGUGCCUAGGUGCCCAGAAAUCUAGAAGCCUGGUAGCCCCCAGACUAGUUAGCAGCCGAUUCCUGAAAAAGGGGGGGACCUCCAAAUGUCACAUAAUCGCUCUAGCCUUCAGCUGAGCCGCGAUCACAUA